CACACAGGGAGCUCUCUGGUGCUUAGAGGCUCCUGGGAAAGGCUGGAGCCAUGGUACCACGUGCUGCCAAGCCCCACCUGCCAGGGCUCUGGCCCCUGAUGCAGCUGCCUUUCUGAGCCACUGACUCUUGAUUCCAUGGACACAGCCCCAGCCCCGAUGGGCUCCCUUCAGCACCGCUCUUGCCAGCAGCCUGAGAUGGGUGACACCUGGUCCCAGCUGCCCUGGCCUGGGCCCCCCCGGCCGGCCGUGCUGCUGGUCUCCCUCAUCUUGGCCGCAGGGGUGAUGCCCUCGGAUGCCGGCACCAGCUGCCCGGUCCUUUGCACGUGCCAUAACCAGGUGGUGGAUUGCAGCAGCCAGCGGCUCUUCUCCGUGCCCCCGGACCUGCCCAUGGACGCUCGCAACCUCAGCCUGGCCCACAACCGCAUCGCCGCCGUGCCGCCCGGCUACCUCGCGUGCUAUGUGGAGCUCCGGGUGCUGGAUUUGCGCAACAACUCCUUGGUCGAACUGCCCGCGGGCCUCUUCCUGCACGCCAAGCGCCUGGCACACCUGGACCUGAGCUACAACAACCUCAGCCACGUGCCGGCCGACAUGUUCCAGGCCGCCCACGGCCUCGUGCACAUCGACCUGAGCCACAACCCGGGGCUGCGGAGGGUGCACCCGCGGGCCUUCCAGGGCCUGGCGCAGCUCCGGGACCUGGACCUCAGCUACGGGGGCCUGGCCUUCCUCAGCCUCGAGGCUCUCGAGGGCCUGCCGGGGCUGGUGACCCUGCAGAUCGGCGGCAACCCCUGGGUGUGCGGCUGCACCAUGGAGCCCCUGCUGAAGUGGCUGCGGAACCGCAUCCAGCGCUGCACGGCGGAUUCUCAGCUGGCUGAGUGCCGGGGCCCCCCAGAAGUCGAGGGCGCCCCACUCUUCUCCCUGACCGAGGAGAGCUUCAAGGCCUGCCACUUGACCCUGACCCUGGAUGAUUACCUCUUCAUCGCCUUCGUGGGUUUCGUGGUCUCCGUCGCAUCCGUGGCCACCAACUUCCUCCUGGGCAUCACGGCCAACUGCUGCCACCGCUGGAGCAAGGCCAGCGAAGAGGAGGAGAUUUGACCCGGGUGCCUGGUGUCCCUCCACGCCGCCCACCAUCACUGCCGCUGACCACCGGGCACCCUCCCUGGCUGCCCACGCUGGCUCUGCCCUGGCCAGAGCGGGCAGCCAGGUCAUGGCUCAAGCAAGGUCAGGAAACUACCUUUGUGUGAGCUUCUACGGUGGGCCAGACACUGUGCUAGGAACUGGGACCGACCUAGACCUUGCCCCUCAAGGCACUUACCUCUGAUAGAGGAGAGAGAAUCGAAAACUCUUCCCUUUAAGACCUUUUAUCAGCACACUGAGUACAUAGUUAUGGAAGCCCAGAGGAGGGGUCAUCAACUGUGUCUAGAAAAGUCCAAGAGAAUUACAAGAAUGGAGGUGAUUUUUGAUGACCCAGGUGAACUGGGUCAUCAAAAAAUUGUCUGCUUUGUCCAUAGACAAAGAAGGGCAGACAUGAGCCAAUGACAGAGGCCAGAGUAUGCGUGGUGCGUUGAGAACGGUGAACAAUCCCUGUGACUUCAACGUACAGAGCGGAAGUGGCACAGGACCAAAACUUUCCCCCUGACACCCAAUCUGUCAGCUCUUGGCGCUGCCCAUCACUGCCUCUGAGGGCGAGAACACCUCCAUGCAAGCCCCCUGAGCCUCCUCCUACCAGCAGCUGCCAGGUGAGGCCACCUCCUGUUGACUGCCCUCCCCCCAUCCUAUGUGGCCAAUUGUAGCAUGCUGGCGAGGUCCAGGUAGCAAACUGAAGAUGGACACCUUCAGUGCUCUUUCUCCUACCCCUGUCUCCUGCCUCUCACUCAAGCGUGGGCUUCAGAAGGGGGAAGCAGGAGUCCUGGCACCCUGGGACUCCUAAUCUUGUGACUGUUCUUGCCACGGUGCUCAUGCCAAGGGAUCUCGCUAGGGCAGUGCAUCGUGGGCUGCAGCCCUGUGGCAUGAUACCCAGGACUGAAGGAGGAGAAGGCCACCACAGUCGUAACCAUCAGAGGAUUUGCUCCUCCUUCUAAGCAACUCACCCACUUCAGCACAAGGGUGAGAGAGCUGUUAAUUACCCAGCACUUGCUGGUGUCAGGCACUGUGAUAAGCUCUCUCCAGAGACAAUUCCCUUUAAUGCACACAACAAUCUCUUGAGGUGAGCAUUGUUGUCCCCAUUUUACAGAUGAAGAAAUUAAGGCUCAGAGAGGUUAAGUUACAUGCUACUUAACGAGCAAAAUAAAAUCUGUGCUCUUCCUACUACCCCAUUCAAGUUGGGGAACAUCACAAUUCCCUCUAAAGUUAAGUUCAAAUUCCAGCUUGAUGAAGCUCCCAAAAAGGACCAGGCACUCUCCUGGGCACUUUUAAAUCUGUUGAGUCAUGUAUUUCAAUUCUCCCAGCAACACUGCCUAGCGAGUUUUAUGAUUCCCAUUUUACAGAUGAAUUAAUUGUAGAGAGCUGAGUAUCUUACCCAACAUUAUCUGGAUAAACUCUAGAAGGAAGGUGAUAGGCAGCUCCAUUCAGGGAACCAUGUCUAAGCAGUCAAAAAUCAAGUAAUUUCAUGUGCAAAGCACAAUUAUCAUCAUCAUCAUCGUCGUCAUCAUCGUCUUCAUCUUCAUUGUCAGUUUCAUCAUCUUCAUCAUUAU